AUGGCAGACGAUCUUCCAGGCGGUGGGGCUCCCCCGGACAUGGAUAUGGACCCAGAGGCUAAGCUCUUGCCGCUUCACAUCCGGCCGUUUGAUCCGGCGGUGUACAGACCAGCAAUUCAUGUGCUGCCUCCUAACAGACUUCGCAAGUUCAGGAGUUUUGACAGGAGGGUGCCAUCAGAGCUACUUCUGCGCGAGCCAGAGACGCACCUUUCAUACGGCGCUUCCGAGUUGUGGGUCUGCGCCUACUUCUCGAGGCUUGCCCCAAUACCUGACGAGGAGACCCCUUUCGGCAUUUCUUUCUCCCACCGCUUUGAUAUCACCUGGCAGCCCUGGGCUCCAUUGCCAGCUGCGGUUCGGGAGCGGUUUACCGGUGCUGAGGAGACUGCCCGGUUCAGGAUUUCGCUGGAGGACCCGGUCUGUCGGGCUUGCAUCUCUGCCCAUGGAAUGCCAAUUUUUGGUGUGAUUGUUUUAUCUAUCCUUCCUUUUCACGAAGGAAAUGCCCAGAGACCAGAAGUGCGUGUAGUCACAUGGAACAAUGAUGAGCUUACAACAGAUGCGCUACCUGUCCAUGGCUUUGAGCAUUACAAGGCAAAGGAUUAUGCCCUUGCUCAUGUUGCAUUCUCAGGUAGCAGCUAUGUAGGUGGGCAGUGGGCGGCUGGUGAUAAGCCAUUAUACUAUAUUGUAUCCCCAAAGGAUGUAGUUAUUGCAAAACCUAGGGAUGCAAAAGAUCAUAUUUCUUGGCUUCUUCAACAUGGAUGGCACGAAAAAGCUUUAGCAGCAGUUGAAGCUGGGCAGGGACGAAGUGAGCUUCUUGAUGAGGUGGGGUCUAGCUAUCUUGAUCAUUUGAUUGUGGAAAGGAAAUAUACUGAAGCCGCAUCAUUAUGUCCCAAAUUGUUGCGAAGAUCGGCUUCAGCAUGGGAGAGAUGGGUUUUCCACUUUGCUCAUCUUCGUCAGCUUCCUGUAUUGGUUCCAUACAUACCAACUGAAAACCCAAGGUUACGUGAUACUGCUUAUGAGGUAUCUCUUGUUGCUCUGACAACAAAUCCAUCUUUUCACAAGGAUCUCUUGUCAACUGUCAAAUGUUGGCCUCCUGUAAUUUAUUCUGCCUUGCCUGUUAUCUCAGCCAUAGGACCUCAGCUUAAUACUUCAUCCAUGACUGAUGCACUAGGAGAGGCACUAGCAGAGUUAUAUGUAAUUGAUGGACGGUACGAGAAAGCUUUUGCACUAUAUGCUGAUCUUAUGAAGCCAGAUAUAUUUGACUUUCUCGAAAAACAUAACUUACAUGAUGCUCUUCGUGAAAAGGUUGUCCAACUAAUGAUGACAGAUUGCAAACGUGCAGUACUGUUUUUGACCAAACACAGAGACUUAAUCACUGCAUCAAAAGUUGUUUCACAACUUUUGGCUACGGGGAAUAAGUGUGAUUCUAGAUACUUUUUACAUCUGUAUCUGCUUUCGCUAUUUGAAGCUAACCCGCAUGCUGGAAGGGAUUUCCAUGAUAUGCAGGUAUGCGGAAAGAGAAUUAAAUUCAUAUUAGAAAAUGCUUUCACACUAGAGUUGGUUUUGUUCUUAACUUUUGGAGUGAUGGGGAGAUUGAAUCAGAAGAGGCUCAUGGGAUGAAAAUUGAUGUGCAUAAAUAAAAAGAAUUGCAUAAUGGCUAAAUAUUAUCAUCUAAAUUAAUCUUUUGUA